AUGUCGUACUUUCUUCCCUCGUUCUUCCAGAAGCGGUUGCUGAGAUAUGCACUUUCGCGGCUGGAGCUGGUCGAUACCGAUGCCCUUGAUUUGGAGAGUUUGGGCAUCAAAUGGGGCCAGCGGAGUACCUUUGAACUGAGGGAUAUUGGUUUACGGCUUGAGAAGCUGUCUUCAGUCUUGCGGUUGCCUCCGUCCUGUAGCCUUAAGAAAGCUAAGGUCUCCCUCAUUCGUGUGACGAUUCCCGCAGAUAUAUACAGCAGCAGCAUCGUUGUAGAGGUUGAAGAUGUGCAAGUCAACUUGGAGUUACCGUCGGAUGAGGCUUGGUCGAACGAAGUAGAUCACGAGGUCUCCGGAGCCGCAGUAAAGUCAAAGGGUCCCUACGAAAACGGAAUCAACAAACCUGGACCCAGGAGCCAUAUCCAAACCGGCGAGAAGGGGAAUAUCCUUCCAUCCACCACGGACCUGGCCCAAUCGUUUCUUGGAUCGGAACCACGAGUUGAAAAGGCGGAACUGGGAGCUGCGAUUUUGUCCCAGUCCCACUACUCCCAAAGCUCAGAUGGGCUCAGUGACGAUGGAGAGGAAGAACUAGGUGUUGGGCUUGAUGGGGGAAUGUCACUCCCCAGUUUUGUUGCCGCGUUUCUCAGAGGAGUUGCCAAUCGUCUGCAAUUAAAAAUUAAGGAUGUGACAUUCACGAUCGACAUGGAAGUGCGGCAGGAUAAGGCAUUGAAGCCUUCUCCAGAUCUGACUAUAGAUCCUGUUACAGCUAUGUUUACGAUCCAGGAUUUAUCCAUAGACAGUGUGACAUCGUCGCUGGAAGAAAAGUCAGACCUGAAGCCUGGUAAACGCCAUAUAGCCUUCUCCCAAAUUAAUUUGAUGGUCCUUUCCGAUGCUGGGGUUUUCUCUAACUACUCCCACAUUGCCCCUCCUCCGGCUUCCCCUUCCACCACUCAUUCCAAGCUUAUCCACACGCCACUAAGGAUACCUUCACCUGAGCCGCCCACUUCCUCCUCAGACACCUCCCUUGCAAUGUCUCGGGGAACUAUUCUUGAGCAGUCGUUAAUUUUAGAAGAUAGAGCUCCACCACCUCUUCAGGAUUCUAUGCAUUCAGAUGAUGGCAGGUUCUCUGACGCAGGAUCGGAGUAUGAGUAUGGGGCUGGAAGUUGCUCAAAUCAUUCUCUCCUAUUUUCUGAAAGCCAAUACGAUGAUAAAACUCUAGAUGGCCCUGGUUAUCUCGAUGAAGCCCUGAGGAUCCAUCUCGCUGACGAUGUUGAAAGCUCACCAUCAAUGGAUCAUUCCACGGAAUCUAUGAAUGGACCGUCCGUGGAUACACUACGCCCACAAAGCCCUGAAUCCUCUCCUGACGAUCAUAUGUACCAUUCGAUGGAGAGCUCUUCUGCUCCUCAGAUUCCCGCUUUCCAAGGCUCAGAAGGAACUUCACCUUGUACCAGUCAACAGGAUUUUCCAGAUCCGGGCAUUGUGGAUCCUGAACCUUCCUCUUCAGCCAGCAUUCCUCGUAUCGACGAACCUAGAGAAACCGAAUCUACCAGUCCGCAAAGCAGCCAUUCAGAACCCAACCCCUAUGAAGACCUGUCACAAUCGAAAAUAUUCACUCAUGGAGAGGCAAUAAGUAUGUAUAUGAGCGUUAUGAGUUCCAAGUCAGCUCGCUCUGAAGCUUUCCCUGUUAUGCCCGGAGGAUGGGAAUCACCGAUAUAUGGAAAUAGCACGAUAGAUAUCGCCUCUACCAUUCCUGAUUCACCCGUGUCGGAUGCCGAUGUCCCUUCAACAGGUGCAGAAGGGACACCAAAAGCCCAGCCUCUUGUUGGAUCGCAGCUUGUCGAUGAAAAAUCGGUUGCCCCGGACAUGUUGGGAACUCCCCUCCUUCCAGUCCCAAACCAGCCGGGUCCUAACACGACUUCAUCAAACUCCCCGUCUAACCCAACGCAAUAUAACUCUAAACUGGCGAAGAAAAUUUUUGAAAUUGACAAACUGUCCAUAUGGUUGCCGUCCUUGGAAAAUCAACUUGUCGAUGCUCAGAAGUCGAUGACAACAGACCCUCCCAAGAAAAGCUUUAAUCAUAUGGAGGCAUCAACCAUGAGCUUUUCUGAUUCGGUUACUUAUGAAAUGUCACCAAGUCCUAAACAUCCUCUGUCAGGGUGUUCCCUCAGAUCAUCAACGUCCUCCCGUCCACCACCUCCGGAAUUGGCCCCUCCGUCUCAAGCAUCUGCACGUGACUCACUGAAAACAGCUGACACCGUUGCUGUUGAUAUAUCUGCUGUUAUCGUCGAGUUUGACAUCGCUUGUGGUUGGCUUGUGGCCAAAAUGGGGCAAAAGCUUGUCUCUAUUUGGAGUUUAAAUACUGAGAAAGGUGAAUUGCAAGGUGAAAGGAAGAGCCUCGCCAUCCCACCUCUAGAUUUAAACUUCUCGAGUUGCUCCUUGAGACUAUUGCAGCAUCUUCCUGUCCGCCAUUUUACUGUCGAUACUACAACCCCAGAGGAUACUUCUUCAUCCAGUGAGCUUAUCCUACACGCAUUAUUUUCGGGAAUAAAAUUCAAAUCCUUAGUUCACAAAGACGCGUCAGAUUUGGUCCUUAACAUUUCCAAGUUUACUUUUGGCCAUGCGUCAGAAGAUAUUAUUUCCUUUGACGAAGGUCUUAAAAUGCGUGAUUCCAUAAGAGAUGAUUUCCAUUCGAAAAAAGGAGAUAUUUCAUUAUUUGUGAAGUCAACAAAGGAGUACACCAGGGUAGAUCUGGUAACUCUUCCAAUUCACUUCUCCUUCAACCUUCAACGGCUUGACGAAAUCUUGAGCUGGUUUGGUGGAUUAAGCACUCUUUUGGAGCUUGGAAGCUCAAUUUCGUCAACCUCCUCCAUCAAAGAAGGGAAAGUCGAGACCACCCAGCGGCCUCGUGGCGUUCACUUUGAGGCAACACCGUUAAAACCUCCACCGUUACCGGUGGCAAAUGGUGCUGGAGUCAACCCUAUACCCUGGAAACUUAACGCUCGAAUGAGGGGUUUCGUCAUGAAUCUGAAAGGGGAACAAUGCAGCCUUAAACUUGAAACUACUGCUGUCAAAAUUGUCAGCCGGUUAGCGGGAAUAACUAUUCAGAUUGACAAAGGAAAAUUAGUUGGACCAAUCUUGAAUGAUAGCGAUCAUGAUGUUGAAGCUAGGGCAAUUGUUAAUCUAUUGAACAUUCGCAUUCAAUUCGUGUUUUCACCAACAGAGGAAGAUCUGGACCGCCUCCUCUUACUUCUGACUCCAUCCAGGGAUAAGUAUGAUGAUGACGAUGAUAUAAUGCUAGACACUCUGUUCAGACAGAGGAAACAAGGCGCGGUGCUCCGAUUAACAAUUGGAAGUCUUAAGGCGGAUUUGCCCCAUCCUGAGACGCUAAUACCCAUAUCAAGUCUUGGAAAUGAAUUGGCCAGGCUAUCAACUGUGGCAAAAUAUCUGCCUCAAGAUGAUAGACCAGGUAUACUUACGCUGGCUCUCAUUUGCGAAUUUGAGUGUGCAGUUGCACUUGGUGGAGAGAUAGGCGAUAUUGAACUCACUUCGACAGGAAUGGAGGCGGCCCACGUCAACAUUCCAUCGCUAAUGGCAGCCAGGGUUUCUACGGUGGCGAUUGUACGAAAUGAUGACGAGGAGUUUGUUGGAGAAGCUGUCAAUUCUCCAGACCAUAACAGCGCUGCAGCCCUGCCGAUGAUAAUGGCCAGGUUCAUUGCGGAUGAAAUGGACCCAACUAUCAAAAUAAAACUCUACAAUGUUCGCUUCGAAUACACAGUACCCUCAAUCGUUGCACUUCUAGGACUUGACAACGAUAUGAAUGCUGAGGAUUUUGCUGCGAAUCUCGCAAACUCCGUUGUCAACUUAGCUGAACUGAAGAUUAACGAAUCGGAAUCUCACCGACUUACACAGUCAUCUAUGAGCUUGGAAAGCUCCACGCCUUCAUCGAUACCAUCGAAAUUAUCCGUCGCCUUGAGAGAUUGCAUAGCCGGACUUACUCCUCGAAAAUCACCCGCCAGGGGCCUAGCGGUAUUCACGCAUGCGAACUUUUCAGGCUCCCUAGAUAAGGAUCAAACACUAGACGCUUCGUUGGAAGUCCAAAAGGCGUCUCUUAUGAUCAUCGACGAUGUCCGAAACGUCGGGACAAGAGAGCGUUUCCAUAAGCGAACAAAUAAUGAUGCUCAGAGUACUCAAGUCCAACUUUUAAGUAACCUAGGAUAUGUUCCGGUUUGUUACAUUUCAUCUGCAGCUGUUGUCUUAAAAGUCAUUCAACUAGAUGAGAAUGGAGAGAAGUCCGUUGAUGUUGACGUGAAGGAUGACUUACUUGUCCUGGAAACUUGCGCUGAUUCCACUCAAACAUUGAUCUCCAUCUUAAAUGAGUUGAUACCACCUACACCUCCAAGUAAGGCACUCAAAUAUCGGACGGAAGUCAUGCCAAUAGAUGACAUGCUUAGUUCGUUCACUGGGAACGCUUUCGAUACGGACCCAAUACCAAUGUCCAAGAAUCUAUCCAAUCCUACCAGUAUUGACGAGGAUGGUAACGGAGGUGAUUUGGCGGAGGAACUUGAAUAUUUCAGUGACUUUUAUCCUAUAGCAUCAGGAUUAGGUAGGGAUAAACUAGGUAGUGGCCUACACGGAUCUAGCGAUGACACCCUUCCGGGCGUCGCUUACGAAUCAAAGAAGCUUCUCGACAGCUUUCAUUCUCACGCUCACCUCUCAAGCGUUUCCAGUUUGGAUUUCCGGGACGAUCAUUUUUCAAGGAAGUCUUCAGUCGGAGGUACAGCUCAUCGAUGGGACUCCACAUACAAUACCUACGCUCUAACCAAUGACGGCAAGCUUCGCGGCAGCCCCCUUAGGGUCAGAGUUCGCGACGUACAUUUUAUAUGGAAUCUUUUUGAUGGCUUUGACUGGCAGCACACCAGGGAUGCUAUUUCUAAAGCUGUCAAGGAUGUUGAAGUGAAAGCCAGCGAAAGAUUCGCGCGGGUUAACGGACGUGCCUCGCCCGAUAUCGAUGACAAGGAAGAUGUGAUUGGGGAUUUCCUGUUUAAUUCCAUUUAUAUCGGAAUACCUUCCAAUAGAAACCCUCAACAACUUCGUGAAGACAUAAACGCCCAUAUCGAUGACCUGGCUAGUGAGACGGGUAGCUUUGCCACAUCCACCACAAUGACGGAUGGAUCAGCACAGACCGUCAAACCUCCUUCGAAAAAGCACAAGAGACUCCGAUUGACACGCAGCAAACGACAGAAAAUGGCAAUUGAACUGCGGGGCAUAUCUGCCGAUUUGGUUGUGUUUCCUCCCGGAUCCGGUGAGACUCAAAGCUCUCUUGAUAUUCGAGUCAACGAUCUUGAAAUUUUUGACCAUGUGCCGUCGUCCAACUGGAGAAAAUUCGCAACAUAUAUGUAUGAUGCAGGUGAAAAGGAGAGCGGCACUAGUAUGGUUCAUUUGGAGAUUCUGAAUGUCAAGCCAGUCGCAGAACUUGCUGCGUCAGAAAUCGUUCUUAAGGCAACAAUCCUUCCCCUCCGUCUUCAUGUUGAUCAAGACGCUCUAGAUUUCUUAACUCGAUUCUUCGAAUUCAAAAAUGACACAUCACCAGUUAAUACCUCGCCUAGCGAGUUGCCUUUCUUGCAAAGAGUCGAAGUGAAUGCUGUUCGUGUCAGGUUAGAUUUCAAGCCAAAGAGGGUAGAUUAUGGCAGUUUGAGAUCCGGACGCACCACUGAAUUUAUGAACUUCUUCGUUCUCGAGGAAGCCGACAUGGUCCUCCGGCACGUAAUUAUCUACGGUGUUUCCGGUUUUGAGAAACUAGGAACAACGCUCAACGAUAUUUGGAUGCCGGAUAUCAAAGCCAACCAACUCCCAGGAGUCCUUGCCGGAUUAGCGCCAAUCAAGUCCUUUGUUGGCGUCGGUAGUGGAUUCAGGGAUCUUGUCGUUAUCCCAAUGCGCGAGUACAAGAAAGAUGGCCGAAUCGUACGCAGUAUCCAAAAGGGUGCUCUAGCAUUCGCCAAAACAACAACCAAUGAACUCGUUAAGUUGGGAGCUAAACUUGCAAUCGGCACCCAAACCGUCCUCCAGGGUACUGAAGAAUUUCUGAACGCCCCAGGCGGUCAACGAAGCGCUGUAGCACAGGAUGAUGACUCGGCUGAUGAAGACCAGCAAAAGCAAUUCUCUCCAUAUGCUGACCAGCCAGUUGGUGUUGUGCAAGGUCUUCGUGGCGCAUAUGCGAGUCUCGAGCGUGAUCUCCUCAUGGCGCGAGAUGCAAUUGUUGCUGUUCCUGGAGAAGUGUUGGAUAGCGGAAGCGCACAAGGUGCCGCUAAGGCCCUGUUGAAGCGAGCUCCCACUGUAAUUUUGCGACCUGUUAUUGGAGCAUCGAAGGCUCUUGGACAAACAUUAUUGGGUGCUGGAAAUUCGUUAGACCCUACUAACAGAAGACGAGUGGAGGAUAAAUACAAACGACAUUAA